AACCUUUUUAUAUUAUGUUUUAUCUUGGCAUGUAGCAUGCAUUAAGGAUAAAAUAUAAUUUUGUAAAUCGGCGCUUUCUAAUAACUUUUCAUGUUUUACUGAUUUCAGUAAUUGAUAUUGGGUUACAAUCAAGUCUUAAAGGUUUAAAAGUUUAUUAUACAAACUACAAAAUGGAUGACCAAGCAUGCCCUCGAUGUAAAACAACAAAAUACAGAAACCCUUCAUUGAAAUUAAUGGUCAAUGUUUGUGGACAUGCUUUGUGUGAAAGUUGUGUUGAAUUAUUGUUUCUUAAGGGAUCUGGAUCUUGCCCUGAUUGUAAUGUGCCUCUUCGCCGAAGUAAUUUUCGCGUUCAGUUAUUUGAAGAUUCAAUGGUAGAAAAAGAGAUUGAUAUAAGGAAGCGCAUUUUAAAAGAUUUUAAUAAGAAAGAGGAAGACUUUGCAAGCUUAAGAGACUAUAAUGAUUAUUUAGAGGAUAUAGAAUCAAUAAUUUUUAACUUAGUGAAUAAUAUUGAUAUAAUUAACACCAAUAAAAAAAUAGACCAGUAUAAAAAAGAUAAUAAAGAGCUAAUUAUGAAAAAUAAAGCAAAAAUUGGUAGGGAAGAAUUAGAAUUAGAAGAAAUAUUAGAAAUAGAGAAACAAAUGGAAGAUUUAAGGAGAACAGAAGUAUUAAGGAUAGAUCAAGAAGCUAAAAAACAGAAAAUAAGAGAAAAGGAAGCAUUGAUUGAUGAAUUAAUGUUUGCUGAUGGUGAUGCUAAGGAUAUAUUAAACACAUUCUCACAAAGUUUAGCAAAUAAACAAGAAGAGAUUGUACCCGUUCCUGUACCUAAAGUUACACAUUUCUCUAGUGGAGUAAAAUUCACAAGAGGGUCUGGUCAACAGCCAUUGCCUAUAAUAGAAGAAGGUCCACUUUACAAAUAUGAACCAUUGGUAAUACCAGACAGAUGUGGACCCGACACACCAUCAAUUCAGGAAAUUAUUAGUAAUGGGUAUUUGCAGCAUGUCAGAUCAGAAACCGAAACAGAGAAAGCGGGUGGCUAUAAAUCAACAUUGCCCUGUUUACGCGCUCUUCAAGAUGCACUCGCGGGGUUGUACCACACAAGUUGACGACAAUCGGCCACCACCGCCUAACUAACUAUUGUUUAUAAUUUCUAAGUCUAACCCAAAGACUACUCAUCAAUGUAAAUUGCUUCUGUUAUACCAUGUUUACAGCAACACUAACUAAUUAAACCAUCUCCUCAUAAACUUUCUAUACCAAAUAUUUCUAAACACAAUAGUUUGAAUGUUGUUAAUAAAUAACCAAUAUAAAAUAACCAAUUAUUAAAAUUUACUUACAUUACAUUUUUUUUCGUGUCGAACCUAUAACAGAUUCAAAAUUAAACGUUAAUUUCUUAAAAAAAGAUACCAGUGUUAAAAUUAUUUAUUUCUUAUUUGGUACUACAGAGCAUCUACAAAGCAUUCUGUGAACUGUUAUGUUUAUUUAAUAAAUGUUGAGUGAUA